CAGGAACGCAGUCCGCCCCCGGAGGGCGGAGACGGGACUCCGGCAGCUUUUCCGCUCGGCCUGUCUCUCGCCCCGUGCCUGGUGGUGGUUGCGGUGUAGGCCUCGGCACCAUGGAUCCGUUUUUGAGUCUGCUGCACUCUUUCUCCUCGAGGUUGUCGGACAGUGAGCUUUCUUCCCUGAAGUUUCUCUGCCGGGCGACAAUUGGGAAAAGGAAGCUUGAGUCUGUCCAAAGUGGCGGGGAUCUCUUCAGCAUCCUUCUCGAGCAGCAGCUGAUUGCAAGCGACAAGGUAGCGUUUCUGGAACGCUUGCUUGAGAGCAUUAAAAGAGAAGAUUUGGUCUCACAGCUAAAGCAGUUCGUAGAGGAAGGAGAAGUUAGUGCUCCUGAUGAUCAGCCAGAUAUGCAUGAAAAAGGUCUUCAGAAGGCAGCUAUUGAAGUCAUAUGUGAAAAUGUCGGGAGAGACUGGAAAAUGCUGAUGCGAAAACUUGGCAUUUCUGAGGUGAAAAUGGACAGAAUAGUGGCAGCCAAUCCAUUUAACUUGCACGAACAGUUGUUUCAGUCACUUCGAGAGUGGCAGAAAUGGAAGGGAAAAGAUGCAAAGGUGACUGACUUAAUAAAAGCUCUUCGGGCCUGUAAUAUGAAUUUGGUGGCAGACAGAGUUGAACAGAAGCUCUUGCCUCUGAACGCUGGAACCAGGUGAAAUCAAUAUAAAAACACUUCCAUGUCCCACAGAUUUGGAUGAAAAAAGUAAAAGUGCCUUCUACGCUUCUGAACCAAAAUCAAUAUAACUGGUUCUGUUACUUAUUCUGCCAUUAAUUUAUGUGCGUUAGUAGGUUGAUUUGUGGUCAGAUGAAGAUUAACACAAAAGCAAAUUCCUUUCAGGUAAUGCUUUGUAGUUUGAUGCUUCCUUUAACAGUUUUUAACUUUUAGAAGACCUAAACUCCAUUUUGUAGAAAUUCUCACACUUCUGUUCUACCACCCACCUGAAAACAAGAUUUGCUUUACUGCAGGUACUUUUCAGAUAGAUCUUCUCAGGAAAUAGAUCCAUGGGACACUUCUGAGGCAACUGUAAUUUAAAAUUUCAUGGGGAAGUUGGAGAUUUUUUUUUUUUUUUGUGGCCUAUUAUAACUGUAGUGUGAAAGGGGGAAGGAGUAGACCUCUUAGCUGUGUACUGGGUUUUCUUUUUGAGUAGCAUAAGGUAAUAUCUUCCAUAAUUUGUCGAAUACAUUUGCUCUCUGUAAAAGGAUACUAAGAUGACUGUAAUCUCAGGCCCCAAGAUUGCAGUGCAAGAGGGCUGGUAACUAUUGUAGUGGCUUUUUCUUGGCAGAAAAUGUGCCUGGGUUGAAAAUGAACUGUUAAAAUCAAAUGUGUGUAUCAAGUGCCUUCGUCAUCCUGAAGAAAGUAUUCUCCUGAAACUAUCACAGAAAUUGUGUGUGUCUCACAGAUGUUUACAUUACCCUCUUUUUACUGCCGUGAAUGUUUUAAGAUUCUUUACUAUGAAUCCUUUCAUAACCUGUAUCAGAGUCUGGUCAUGUCUGCUGGAAGUUGCAGCUCACCUCGUUAAGUAAGCUGCAGUUAUCUGUGCUCUUGGUAACAAAAGUGCGUACUGUAACAAAAACCUAGAAAACACUGGUUUCUUUUUAGUGGAGGGGUGUGAAAGCCUACUGAGAGCAAAUAUAUAGUACAGACUUUUCUCUAGUGAUACCCUGGGAAGAUCAGCUAUUUUUCACUACAGUUUGUUCUCUUCAAAGGUCGCUCCAGAUCCAAUAGCUCUUCCAAGUCCUCUGCCAUUUUUUAAUUCAUUCCUGUUCCUUGACAUUUUUUGAAAGUGGUUGUAAGCAACUCGCGGCAGAAAGAGGAUUUAUGAACGAGACCAGAUUCAGUUUUCAGCUUUAAUUUGGAACAGACUUCAAAAAACGGCCUUCACGCCUAACCUCAGGCUGGAAAAAUUGCACAAGCUUCAAGACAUGCAGGGAUGUAGAGGCCUCUGGGGACUAUCCCCUAUGCGAGGGGGAAGAGUCCUCUGAAAUCAUUAUUGCUUGAAUGAGUAAGAUUGUUUGUUACUGUAAACAUCCUUCUAACUACAUAAAUAGAUACUUGAAGAGGAGAGGCUUCUUUUUUGUGUACCUGUGUGACUUUUAGCUCCUUUCCAGUUCUUUUUACAUGGUGCCAUUACUGUGGAGGCCGGGUGUCAGCAUAUAAUAUACCACUACUCUGCAUCAAUGGCAUGACAUUGAUAAUUUUCAAGUUUGUUGCAGUUGAUGCCUCUAGUUUGGACAAUGACACUUCAAUACUUGAUUGUAGUUAAUGGAAACUGCUGUAAUGUGAACUUACCUUUUCAUUAAGGUUUUUCCUUAAAUGAUUCUCACAAGUAUUUUUCUAAUGGUGGUAUAUUAAAUAUCAGUGAUUGAUAUCCAAGCAAAGGAGCAAUGGGUAAUACAGAUGUUCCCACUUGUCUGCCUUUUGGGCAGGUACAGUUCUCUAAGUACGUGCUCCAAUACUUGUCAGUAUCGAUUGUCAAUUCCAGACUUCGAGUAGGAGAUACAGUGCUGCACUUCAGCUAAAUGGCUAGCUCAAAUGUUUUGGAGGUUUAAUAGAUAUGGUCUUCAUUCUACAGUAUUUGAAGAAAAGGAUUGCUUCAGACUUUUUUCCUUCGUGCCUCUAAGCAAUCUUUGUGAGCAGAGUGGAGUAGAAGUGAAGUUAGCAAGAUGAGUUAUGUUUGUGGUGAAGCAGCUCGGCUGUUCCAAGUUCAAUCUGUCCAAUUACAUGUUUUUCUUAUCCACUUGUAGUAAGUCUUCUGGUUCACAGAAGAUAGAUUUAUCUGGAAUAUUAAAAGCAGUAUACUGCCUACUGCAUAUAACCAGGAUAUUUUAAGAAUCAGUAGGAAUAACUUGUUAGUUGUAGCCAAGCACUCAUCAGCUACAAGAAAUAUUCUGCCUCAGAAGAUGUAAAACUCUUGUUUCUUUAAGGAUUUGUACAUAGUGGAUGUUUUACUACGUAUGAAAGCAAUGACCUAGACUGCAUCAAUCUGUGCAGUACCUCAGGGCCAAUUAAAACUGUUUUUAUUACAGAUUUAGAAGUUGAUUAUGUGAGAACAAAAUCAAAUGGAACAAAAUGGAACAAAGGGAACAAAAACUUUUUAUUGGGAGGACGGGUAAGGGAAAAGGAUGCAAUUUAUAAGGAACUGUGUUGUGAUCUAGUUAGCAGUCUUAUUUUCAAAUGAAGUAUUUUGGACUCAAAUAUACGUAUUUUUGUAACUUGAAUUCAUGUUUUAUAUUGUAUAAUUUUGUGCACAUUUCAUUAAAAAAUACUUUCU